AAAGGGGGGAGGAGUCGCUGAAAAAAAGGUGAAUGGCUCUUAUGGCUGGCUAGCUAAUCAGAUGGAGAAAAAAGCACAUUAAAAUGUUCCUGAGUGUGAAUUUCACUACUGUACAUGUGCUGUAAACCCUUUAUAAGGAUUUUAUGAUUGAAAGCAUCUCUCUUUCUGUACACAUUGCUCUUUAAGCCGAGAGUGAUAGAGUCGUUUCCUCUGAUCUCAUGAGGCUUUAGCAUGCUAGCAUGCCCUCUGAUUUUAUAUCUCUCCUGAGCGCCGAUAUCGACCCCAGUUCUCCUAAAUCACUCUAUUCCAAAGAGUCAGUGUAUGACCUGCUCCCUAAAGAGCUGCAGUUGCCCUCGGCCGUACAGCAGGACAACCCCACCAUGAGCCAGAAGAGCGGUGGAGAGGCCGGACCUCCUCCUGCUGCUGCCCUGGCCUCAGAUGCUGCUGCCACUUGCGCCGCUGCCUCCUCCCCUGGAGGACUCAGCAGUACGCUUCCUUCCUGUCCCAGCAUGCUCUCUGCUACCUCAGCCCAAGAGCAGGCUUCCAGGCUCCACAGCGGUCCCACCACAGAGGGGAUACCAGAGAGAAUGGGCGUGGAGCCUGGUUCAGUGGUGGCUAUCAGUGCGGCAGCUGUGGGCGAUGCCGUCGGAGCCACACAGAGCCAGGCGACCCCCUCGAAGCGACGGACCGUCCUGAGCAUCUCUCCGCCUCCAGAGGAUUUGCUGGAUGACAGCCGUAUGUCCUGCCAAGAUGAUCUGCUUCCCAACCCGGACUCGGAGCAGAGCAGCAGCAUGUGGAUGGACGACUCUGUGUCCAACUUUAGCAUGGGCAGCAGCAGUUCGUACAACGACAAUACUGAAGUGCCCAGAAAAUCUCGAAAGAGAACUCCUCGCCAGCGGCCGGGGCCGAAACCUGCGGCCCGGGAGGAAGCCGGCAUGGAUGUGUUUGAUGCGGACAGCGCUAAAGCGCCGCACUUUGUUCUUUCACAACUGGGUUCAGACACCAAAGUCACACCCAAAGUGAGCUCCCUGGAAGUUUCAAACAAUCAGAAAGGGGGGAUUCUUUCCAUUCAGUACCCGCAGAAGAGCGAAGGGAAGGAGCUGAAGAUUUUGAUUCAGCCAGAGACACAGCAUAGAGCACGAUACCUCACAGAGGGAAGUAGAGGAUCCGUCAAAGACCGUACCCAGCAAGGAUUCCCUACAAUCAAAUUAGAGGGAGUCAGUGAACCAGUGGUGCUCCAAGUAUUUGUGGCUAAUGACGCUGGACGUGUGAAGCCUCAUGGGUUUUAUCAAGCCUGCAGAGUGACGGGGCGCAACACAACGGCAUGUAAGGAAGUGGAUAUCGAGGGGACCACGGUUAUUGAAGUGAACCUUGAGCCAAACAACUCUAUGACCCUAGCCGUGGACUGUGUGGGAAUCUUGAAGCUGAGGAAUGCCGAUGUUGAAGCUCGUAUAGGGGUUGCUGGCUCCAAAAAGAAGAGCACUCGAGCUCGUUUGGCCUUCAGAGUCAACAUCCCAAGACCUGAUGGAUCUGUUCUUACCCUCCAGGCUCUCUCCUCUCCUAUCUUAUGUACUCAACCUGCUGGAGUGCCAGAAAUCCUUAAGAAGAGUCUUCACAGUUGUACAGUCGCAGGAGGAGAGGAGGUCUUUAUCAUUGGCAAGAACUUUCUCAAAGGAACUAAAGUUCUUUUUCAGGAAAAUUCUACAGAUGAGAGUGGCUGGCAAGCUGAAGCAGAAAUUGACAUGGAACUUUUUCAUCAGAAUCAUCUAGUGGUGAAGGUUCCCCCAUAUCAUGACCAGACAGUGGCCUCCCCAGUGUCUGUUGGGAUUGCCGUAGUGACAAACGCAGGGAGAACACAUGAUCUACAGCCUUUUACCUACACUCCUCUAACAGAGAAAGUUGAAAUACCAGUGAAGUCAGAACUGCCAGCCACAGUCAAGACUUGUACCUUUGAAGAGCAGAUAAAAGCAAUGCAAACUGAGACCAGUUGUCUAAACAAUGUCUUAAUGUUACCUAUGGUCAAACGAGAAGAACCUAUGGAAGUCUCCUGCAAUGCAACACCUUCAGACAUUUUCAAGCCUGUAGAGGCCCUUAGUUCAACCCAACAAAUCUUGGAGAUAAGUACUGUCCUUCCCUCUGCCACCAAGUCUUUUCCAAGCCCUGUGGCUCUCCAACCCGUUGACUCACAACAGUCAUCGGCGCAAAUAUUUACGACUCAAGAAACCUUGUCCACGAUUCAGAAGCAGGACAUUCCUUCACCUGCAUCGUUCCAAGUGUCCUUGUCAGAAGACACAACAGUUCUCCAGCCUGUUCCCCCUCAGGUCCCUCAGCAGUUCUUGCGGGAAACCCCAGAAACUUUGUCUCCAGAAGAUAACAGUGCAGAUGGAAGUGGAAUGGUAUUGGUGGGCAUAGACUCUCGGAAUCCUCCAUCCCAGCAGCCACAGGUUCAGGCGCUUUUGCCCCAGGAUGGGGUUGCACAGCUAGAGAGAGCAGUAAGAGAGCUGCAAGCACAACAACAGCUAAAUUCUGUACUUUAUAGCCCAGCUCCGUCUGCAGAGAGCCUUCAGCAACACGUCCAGGAAAACAUGAACAGUUUAAGGUUGGGUGGAAAUGAGACAACUCUAACCAACCAGCAACAGCAGCAGCAAGAGCAGAAUAUAUUAGAGAAUCUGCAUCAACAGCAACAGAAGGCACUUGUGGAUCUACAACAUCAACAAACAGUCCUUGAAAAUUUACAGCAACAUCAGAAGGUCUUGGAAAACCUCCAGCAACAGGCUCUUGGCAACAUUCAGCAGCAGCAGCAAACACACAAAGUUUUGGAGAAUCUCCAGCAUCAACAACAGCACCAGAAAGUUCUUGAGAACAUUCAGCAACAAAGUUCUAUAGUGACUCUGCAGCAUCAAAAAGUCAUUGAUAAUCUUCAACAGCAGCAACAGCAUCAGAUAAAUUUAGAAACUCUUCAGCAUCAGGAAGUAUUAGAGAGCCUAAAGCAACAAUUGCAGUCAGAGCUCUUGCAGACCCAGAUUCCAAUGCAGUGCACACCUAGCUUCACUAGCGAACAGCAAAGCUCCACACAGACUAAUAAUCUAUCGCAGCCCUCUGAAGGCUUCCUCCAGAACUCACCCCAGCAGCAGUUACAGCAGCAGACUGCACUUUUCCAACAGACUGGAGGUCUUAUGACCAUUCAGACAUCUAGCUUCCUGCAGCAGCCAUCCUCUCAACCCUCACCACCUCAGCCGCUUUUUCAGAGUCAUAACCCCUUGACUGAAACCCAAGACUCGCAGGCAGUACUCUUUGGAUCCACAAAGUCACCACAGGUUCAAGCAGCCUUAUUUCCUAGUACCAUGACAAUGCUAACAAGCACCAAUCUACCCACAGAACAGCAGGCUCCUUCAGCUAGUCUGUUUAUUACUCAAAGUGUGUUGCCUAGCCAACUGCCAUCAGAUAAUAACCAGAACCAGCAGCAGCAACAGAUAACUUUUCUCACACCCAUGCAGACCUCUGGAACAGAUGCCCAGACUGUCUCACUUUUUCAGGGACAAACACAGUUGUCCACCCCAAUGGAACAACAGUCUCCCCAACAACAACAGAUGGCAACACCCCAACAAGCCCCUCUUUUCCCAAAUAUUGCCACAAUAUCCCCAAAUCAGCAGCAAACACAGACCGGCAUAUUGUUCUGUACCACAACCAUUAAUCCCCAUGAUCUGCCCCAGGCUCUGUUAUUCAGUGGCCAGAACCAAGCUUCACUAGGAAGUGACCGCCUCCCAGAAAAUAUCUUUCAGGAGCAGCAACCCAUGCAAGUUGUUCCCAGCUCUGAAAAUGUUACUGUGAACAACCCUUCAAACCAACCCACAGUCCCAGCAGCCCAGCCAACUCAAAAUCCAUCGAUUAUUUUUCCACAAGCCACUGUCGUGAGUGUUGCUCAACAAGACUCGGCAGAGCCCAUGUCUUUUCAAGACCAGAGCACCGUUGUGAGUGACUCGUCUGCCAGUAUGCCUUCAACACGGACAGAACUUUUUCAGGACCAGCAACCUAUGCAGGUUGUCCCCAGCGCCACCAGCGUAACCCCUGUCUCUCCUACGGACCAACCUUCUGUCAACAAUUUUUUGCCUCAGUCAGCAAUUUUAGCCCUGCAAGGUGGUGUAAGUACUCAAGACUUGCCUCCAACUGCCACAGCGGCCACCAUAUUUAGUGGACAGAGUGGUGUGACAGUGAGCGGUCUACAGAACUCCACACCUACCACCCCUCAGCAACCUCCCAGCCAACUCUUUCAGACAGCUAUUGGGGGAACUCUCAGCCAGCCCGGACAGCCAGGGCAAGCAGGCCUUUUUCUCUUUGAGAUUCCCAGUGAAUGUGGACAGCUAAUAAAUUCUCCUGGUCCGGCGUUGUCAGAUCAGCUUGUCACCAUGGGUCAUCCUGGUUCGGAUCAGAAUCAGACCCAGCUUCAGACUAAUGCGCAGAUUCAGACCUUACUGGACCAGUCCAACAACCUUGACGACAAGAUAGACGAACUUCUGGAAAGUUUUCAGGAGCAGGGAAAGACGCUUCCUAGGGAUUUCUUGGACCAUUAAAGAUAAGUAGUUUGAAGCCUCACUUCAGUAGACCACCGUCCACACAGCUUGUCGUGUUCCUUUACAUCUUGUGUUUUAUGUCAGUGUUAUCUAAACUUAUCUAAGGGUUGUCUCAGUUGGGGGUCUUCACUUAUAUCUAUGUUUCUGAAAGCUUGUAAUGUGUUGUUUUGGCGGGACAUGUUAGCUAUGGAUCUUGUCACAGCUCCUUUUCUUGAUGGACAUAUAAGGGUCCACUUUAUUGAAGCCACUGUUUGGCAUGUCAACAUAUCAUGUGACCCAUUAAGCCAUUAAGUAUAUUGGCACUUUGCCACUUUGUAUUGUGUUCUUGACUUCCAGUUGAAUCUUCUCCAUUAAUUGCCAUCAUUAAUCUGUUUUCCAGUAGAAAUCAACCUAGUACAAUAUAAAAUCAAAAACUCUGUUGCCGUUGAGAUACUAAUACAUUGUGAAUGAAUUUGAAAUAUAUUUAGCACUUUAGGGAGUUUCUAUUGGAGAUUCUCCCUUUUAGCUUUGUAACCCAUACGUGUCUACUUGGCUGUCAAAGCUUUUCAUGUUUUGAUAGUCAUAAUGCUUUUCUAAAAAAAAUGUGUUUGUUUCAUUACUCUUCAGUGUCUCUUUUCUGAAUAUAGCCUAUUUUAUGAGCCAAUGUUUUUUUUUUUGUGUUUGAAUGUUUGACAUGUCCAUCUAAUCUCUCCGUUUUCACAUGACAUUUAAAGUCAAGAUGCUCUAUGUAAAUCACUCCUACUCUUCUCCUCUGUUUUAGUUUUAUUUAAUUUUAUUUUAUUUAAAUGAACAAAAGGUCCAACUUGUAGACAUGAAUUCCUAUCAGGGAUGUGAAAAUGUGCAACAUUGCCAUUGAGAUAUGUGAACUGAUUGUAUUAUCAUCCAGCAGAGGGUCUACAAUGUGUGUUUGUUUGUGUGCUCAGCAGAAAGACAUGGAGCACAUUGCUGUUUGUACUCUAUAAGAUGCAGCUACGUUCUUGAUUUUGAAUUAUAUGUGGUUCAUGGAGAUUAUUCAAAUAAGCACAAGCUUGGAAGAGGAUUUGUUGUGGUGGUGCAUAAUGUCGUUCCGAACUCGUAUGACCUUCUUUCAUCUGUGGUACUCAAAAAAACAAACAACAGCAACAACAAAAAAAAAACAUAAAUUGAAGGUAUUUUGCUUUAUGAGGAAUGCGUGAAUGAGAUUUGAGAGUUACCAUGGAAAUUUUGGUCUGUUUCUCACAGUCUCUGAAGACUUGGAUGUUUUUUUCGCUCAUGCUCUUUUGAGUUUGACGGUUCUGAAAGAGCAUUUUUUUCAGAACUCCUCCUUUUGUGUUCCACAGAAGAAAGAUCAUACCGAUUUUGAAAGACAUGAGUGUGAGAAAAUAAUGACGGGAUAUUUAUUGUUGAUGUGAAUUAUCACAGCUAUGAGAGUUUUCGGGCAGCUUAAAAUGGCAGUUAGGUCCAUAUUUCCUUGAGGGUUUCAGAAGGGAUUGGAUUGUAUUCAACCUCCCAAAGUUACAAUAAACCCCAUCUAUGAUCAGAUAGAUGCCCAGAUCUUAGAGGAGAAACUCAGAUAAAAUCCCAAGUUUUAAAACAAGCUAUGAUGAAGACUGCUUCAUACCAUCACUGCACGACAAUCUCAUCAUACAGGUUUUAAAAAUGAACUUUUGAAAUCAUUUAUUUCAUGCUAACUGGAAGAUUUGUCUACACAUGCAGUCAUGAGAGUGAGGAAGGCAUAGUGUACGCUAGUUAAUGAACUCAUACAGGGUUUAAUAUUGACAGAAUGCUGCUACAUUUUGUCAUGACUAAUACUAAUGGGUUGUUUACAUCAGUCUUUUAAAUGGUUUGAGUUGCUCUAAUUACAUUUUGGAGCAUUGUAGUUUCCUUGUCACACUCUCACUGAGGAGAUCUUUUAGUGGUAGGACAUUGCUCAGAUGUUUUAUGAAAUCACAUUUAUUUGACAUUUUACUUGUUCAUAGACAUGCAGCCUUUUUAAAAGCCUUUUUAAGACUUACAUAUUUUCAAUGUACUCUAUCUAAGCAGCUUUUGCAUUGACAAUAUUCUCAUGCAAACAUAAUGUGAGGCAGUUCUAUUUAAAAUCUUCAUAAACACCUUUUUAUUUUGAUUUUUACAUCAUACCUUGUCUUUAUAUUCUUGAAUUUUCUUUCUUUUUUUUUUUAUUUUAUUUUAUUUUUUUUUUAAAUAUGCUUUAUGUAAGACUUGCAUAAUGAAUUGUAAAUAGUAGUUUGGCUGUUUCACGUGUGCUGUUCCUUUGUGAGGUAGCAGUUUGUUAAAAGCGUGCUCUCUUUGUAGUAAAACAUAAUAUCUCGCCUGCAGGUGAGGCAUACAUACAGUAUUUUUGUAAGAUUCAAUUUCCAAAUGUACUAUGUACAUUUUAAACAUUUAAAAGUGAAUUGUCCCUUCUGCAGUACUGUACUUCAUAUGUCAAUAUUCAGAGCGGUGGAAAUGAUGGUUUUUGUCCCCAUCACUGUGUUACAAAAUGGAGAUUGUUAUUUGUUUUGUAAGUGAAAUUGAAAUAUUGUCAAUUUGUAAACAAUUAAAAAAGACUGGUUUUGGUUGUGGGUGAAUCUCACACAGACUGUAAUUCUUUUGUCAUAUUCCACCCCAAAAUCAAAAGAAAAUAAAAAAAAACACCUAGAAAGACAGUUGAUAGUUGAGCACAUUUAAUUCUCUUUAGCAUACUGAAUCUGAAAAAUCUUUAAUCGUAAAGUACAAUUAUAUAUAGACAAUUAUAGGUACUAUUUGUUGUACUGAAUCAAAUUUAUGCUGAUUUUCAUGGCUGUUACAGUGUUAUUGGAUUUUUUAAAUUUAGUUAUGAAAAUAGAGUUUUGAUUUUGGGGUGAAAUAUGACGUGGAUAUUUCUUUGUUAGAUAUAUAGGCUAAUGUUGUGGAACUUGGGUUCCAUGCAAAGCCAUAAAACAAGAAAACUGGGACUGGAAGAAUGUGUGUGUUUUACCUCAUGGUGUAGGACAUAUAGAUUCACUCUACAUCUAACCUGAGGACCAAUUAAGAAGAAUAUUUUCUCAAAACAAGGCAGCAAAAUCAACGUCUUUUGAUUAAAGUAAUCCAUUCAUCUGCUCCAGCUUAUGUCAAAAUCAUAUUUCUGCACAAAUCCAUCAUUAACAUUUUAAGAGGUUGAUUUCUUUUCUUUAUUUUCCAUCAUAUUGUGCUUUUUGAUUGAAAGUACUUUGUGCCUUUGCAAGCCUUUCCUCGUACUUCUAAAGGACCUUUGUAUAUAAUUAAAUACUUAGAUGUAGUGAUUACUAGUUCUUAAUCCACAAGUAAAAGACUACAGUUUUUUUUGUUUUGUUUUUAAAUUAUGUCUGGUCAAAUUGUCUUUAACCAGUCUGUAAGUGUAGUCUCAAAUACAUCUGAACAUUUAUAUCAUGAAACUGCUAUGCAGCCUCAACACACUUUUAUUUUUAUUUUAUUUAAAAUGUUGACAUUCUCAUCCACUGGUGGUUAUUGCCUCUUGAAAUUUGUAAGAUCAAGGUUAAAGAGUGUUAUUGAUCUCAACGAUUACAGAUGUUCUGUUUGCUUGGGCAGCAGGUGUUUGAAGAAUUUCUGUUAGUAAAUGUUAAAUUAAAAGAGGUUUGAAGAGCGCUUACCCCAAUCACCAGCUGUGCGUGUGUGUGUAUGUGUGUGAGAGAGGGGCGCAUUUUAAAUGCACUCUUUUUACACAGUUUUGAACUUUGGUUGCUUUUGUUUUGAUGUGAUUAACGUCCAUUGCUUUUAAAGUUGUAAUAGGACAGUGGUUCUCAACCCUCUCCCUUACACUAGGAGUGUUGGUAGAUUAAAAUCAAUAAUUCUGUUUAAUUGUGUGAUUUCAGAAUUUAAGAACUGUACAUAUUAACAACAAUUGGUGAGUUCUGUUUGCCAGAGUGUCACCGGCACAGUGGUAAGCUUGGACCAAAUUUCUACAUUGUUGUUUGGUGUUCAAAUGGUGCACUUUCACCAGAGUGACAAAUAGGGUUGUCAAUUAGCACAUUGCACAUCCUAUUUUCAGAUUGAAAUGACAUUUAUUAUAACUUAUUUUAAAUAAGCCAUCUUUCUGCCUCUGUGUAAGUUGGCUGAUGCCCCCUACUGGCCUCCUGGUUCAGAACCACUGUUAUAUAGAUUCACUAGCUCACUCAUGACUGUGUAAGAAUGGCGUUCAGUAUCGUGAAGAAACGUCAACUAAUGACAUUUGCCGUUUUUUUUUUUUUUUUUUUUUUGCUUUAAUCAGUACAUUUGUAUACUCCUGCAGUUAUAUUUCUGUAAGAUGUGCUGCUAUAUGAAUAAAGAUAAAUAUGAAGUUCUU